CGACUUCGAAUUGGAAUUUUUGUCUCUUGUCAAAGAUCAACCAUUCUUUUGGGACGUGCGACAUCAUCACAACGACCACGCGCUAAAUCUUCAUCGCUGUGCCAACUCCUCCUCGCAUUACCGGGCGCCGAUUAAGGAGUGACUCAAACUAUUGAUUCAUAUUACAAGACCAUUGGCGAUAACAUCUUCCAGUCGUUAACGCUACCGCGCGCCUAUUCAACGUACUCACGAUGGCUCCCACGAACCUGCCAACCAUGGCGGCGCCACAGACGCAAAAGACUAUGUCUUCUCGCUUGAUGACGAUGAAGUUCAUGCAGAGAGCUGCUGCUACUGCUGCUACUGCGUCACCAACCGAGAAGCCCAGCACCCCAAAGACAGAGGACGAGGGUCCCUCCAAGCGCCGGAAGCAUUCCCAUACAUCGAAAACGGGCACACCCAAUCCGGAGGCCGACCAGGCAUUGUUUGACCAAAAGGCCAUCCAGGCCGCGCUGGAAGAAGAAGAGAAGAAGCGACAAGCUGCCAUUGAAAAGCGUGCUGCAGAACUCGGUGACUCCCAUUGGGUCUUACCUGGUGCUUCCGUCGCCCCGAAGGCCGGGGCUCGCCCAGUGCUGAAUGUUGUUCAAGUUGGAUUUGCGCAGAUUGAUUACUCAGGCAGUACGAGUGGUGACGAUGACGCUCCUGCCGCUGUUCCCACCGCCGCCCGCUUCCGCCAAUUCAACAUGAAGAAAAAGGAGGAGAAGAAGAAGAAGAACGAAGACGGCGACAGCGAUGAUGACGACGAGAGUGAUAGUAAUAGUGAUAGCUCAGGCUCAGACUCCGAUGACGACCACUCUGAGGGUGAAGCAUCUUCCGACUCCAACAAGCAGGCAGACCGAGGCCAACAAAAGGAUGUCAAUCCCAGGGGACAGAAGCGGGCAAGGCCGGGAUCCUCGUUCUCUGACAAGAGAAGCGAGGAGCGCAAGAAGGCAGCACAGUUUGCGCUUGGCCGACGGAAGAGGGAGGUGAAUCCCAACCGUCCUGCCACGAUAUCUGGAUCGGGUGGCCAGCCACAAGGCGUUCACCGGCAGGCUUUCACCGGCGCCUGCCACACAUGUGGACAGAACGGUCAUCGAGCUGUUGACUGCCCCCGCAAGUCGCGGAAGUAAUGUUGAUGGUUCGGCAUCCAUUUUAGUCCCGAUCGUGUGUUCCGCUGUUCUAAAAUUGGCCGCAGUGCUUAUAAGCUUCACGAUCAUAGGUCAUUGUUUUCCCUGCUGGGGAGAGGCUCAGGCAUCUAUGAGUGCCAUGGUGCCUACGGAGGACCGGGAUAUAUGUGCCCAUGUCGUCCACGCCGGUGUAGAGCUAAAGUUUUUAGCUCGUGCUGCAAACGGGGUAUCUCGAUGUCCUCAGUUGUUAACCGUCGCAUGUUCUGGUGGUGCAAGGACUGGAGUGUACAUCUGGUACGGCAUCGCGCAACAUGCGGUCUUCGGUCUCUGUAGACAUUUUAAGGCCUUCGAUGUGAUGGAUCGCAUCGGAAAUCCUCAGAGAUAUAGGCAUAUGGCCUGUUUGCUGAUGGACAGUUAGAGGGGGUGGAAGUGUGAUGAGUUUGCAUGCUGUUGGGCAGCUUAAGGGGUAUGGAACUAUUCUCUUGGACCCGAUCCCCGCGGCGCCGAGGUACACUUACCCGCCGUCGCCCUCUAGGCCGGUCACCGUUGAAGCUCAUAUCCAGCCAAGACUUUCAAUAGAUGAUGACUUGUUGAUAACAAACAUGGGUGUCAUCUUCUGCUAGGGCUGGGGAAGAACAGGUUGCAUGCAGACUAGAUUGCUUUUACCGCCGAAACGCAAGGAACAUCAAUACCCACAAUCACAAGCAACCGCAAUAUUGGCUUUUGACGGGUGACAUCCGUCCCGUGUUGGUUUUCAUCAGUACCAUCCCGGACAAACUGAUCAUGGCGGCUGAAGGUCUCGGGAGCAACCACGCAGCUCAAGGCAGUCUAUUAGUCCUACUUCACCUCAUAUGGUCUCUUCCGCUACAACAUAGUCUUGCACCUAAGCGGAAGCACAGCCCACAGGGCAGUGGAACUGCUCAGUCUUUGUCACAUGGCUUCUGUUAUCCAGGUGGCCGUGUCAUAGACUGGUGAAAUGCGAUGACAUAUACGAUAACUAGACCAGACUUACAACCUAGACAUAGUACUAGUAUCCGGCGUUUCUGUGUUAGGUCUACCGCUGUUACGCGCUUGUGCUAUAUUCCGCACAAUGCGUGUGUGACUUUGGCAGUUUGCGAUUUGUUUGUGGUUUGGUAAGGCAUAUAGAAUGUAAAGAGAGCUGGAAAAGGUAAGAGUAGGACUAUGGCAACCUUCUGAGUAACAUCUCAAUUGCUCUCGUCCACUUACUAUAUACAAACUGACCAUGUUUGAUGAUACUACAGGCAUGUAAGACAGGUUGUCAACAGCAUGUUUUUUUUCCUCUUGGCAGAGCAAUCAUUUC